AUGGCGGCGUUCCAUGAGUCCAGUAAGGUUGUCGGCCACCUGAAGAGCGUUUGUGAUUUGGCUUGGAAGCAGUCGCAGACUUGCGACAGUGCGGGUCCGCGCUUCAAGGAAUUACGGGCCGAGCUCCGCGACUUGUUCUAUGGCCUUGUCAGCCUCGAGAAGGAGCUCGCCGAUUCGAAGGCGUUCCUCAAACGCUGCGACCACCAUACCGAAGUUGAACUUCAUGAGCUGCUCGAAGAAUGUGUUGAAGACCUCCGUGAAGUCGAGAGGUUUCUCGGUGGCCUCUCAUCGCAGAGACAUGCCUCUAUCAAGGCCUUGGACAGGGAGGUAUCAGAGCUGCGCGAGAAGCUAUGUGACCGCAGGAACUCUUUCCAGGAUUUCCAUGACCGGGCCACCACAGCGGCCUUGGAGAUCAUGAAGGCCCAACUCUACACACUGGUCGAGGACAUCCUCUCUAAACGAAGGCAGCCCUUCAUUCUUACCAAAAUUGUCGACUGGGACGCCCUUGCUGACGAACUUCAACAACCUGCCCUUGUGGGACGAGGCAUGCUAGAGUUCGACGAUGUAGAUGCCGACUCGGAUGAUGACGGGGUUAUCGAGCUCCCGGACUCUCCCACAGAUACAUUCCCGCCUCCCUCUACCGAUGGUUCUUUUAGUGAGGAGCCCCAGCGCCAGAAGAAGACUCGAUACCACCGACCUACGGUAGAGGACUACGUUGAAGGCGAAGACGACCCGUUCCCUUCGUCAACAACAAUUUCGCUGCCUUCUCGUAGCUCUGUCCCUCGGGUGGACCGGGAUUCGUUCUCAAUACCUGCCGAGCCUCAGGAAAACUCACAUGAACGAAGCCAAGAUGGCGCAACUAACUAUGAUCCGCUGGCUGGCGCGAAGCGAAAACAUCGGAGAGUUGACACGGAACUGCAGCUGAUGCAAGACGAAAAGAUGACCAUUCAAGACGAAAUUCGAAAACUGAAAGAGGAGGCAGAGAUGCUUGAAGAACAAAAGCGGACGUGGGAAGCCGAACAGAAAAGGCGAGAGGAGCUGCAGAAGUUCCGUGAGUUUUGCUCUGACUUCACCCAAGAGGAGGAGGAAGAGAUUCUGGCCGAAUGUUGGCGCCUCCCUCGCGAUAGCUUCGGGCAGGUGACUUAUUUUGCCAUGCCCAACGGCGCGUUAUACAGUGCUAGCACAGUGCAGCGCCGCAUCGAAGUUCGACCUACACCGGCCCUACACAACGCAUUCCGUCGUGAGCCUUCAUACGCGGGACAUGGUACUUCCUCUCCAGGUCGCAGAGAUUCCGCCAUAUUUGGAGGCUCGAAUGGUCAUUACCGAGGAAGCCCUGCACUCGAUCCCUACGUGCAUCCAAGGCCAGUAGAAGUUGAUGUUGGUGCCGAGAUUCCCGGAAGUCGGGCCGGAAGAUGGGAUUCAUAUAUUGCAGACAGCCCAAGGGAGAUGUCGCCAGUAUCAGGCGAACGGACGCCGACGCGCCCACAACCGCAUUCCCCUCUACCACCUCCUAGACCAGCGGAUGUCGUUCGGCAUCCAAUCGAAGUGUCGCUAGAGGAAGUGUUUAACGGUACACAACGUAGAGUCACUAUCGAAAGGGAGAUAUUUGACCAACGGACCGGUGGCACCAGGGCGGAACUAAAGGAACUUGCCGUCCCUAUUAAAAAGGGUCUUAGAGCUGGGAGCAAAAUCAAGUACUCAGGCGUGGGCAACCAGGGACCGGAUGGUGUGCCUCAAGACGUAUGGUUCAUUGUCAAAGACAUCCCACAUUCCCUAUUCCGGCGUGAUGGCUCGAAUUUGCAUACCACGAUAGAAAUAUCUCUGGCGGAGUCGAUUGUUGGAUGGCGCAAAGAAGUCAAGACGAUAUGCAAUCGGAUCCUCAAGGUCAAAGGCCCAAAAAACACGACAGGCAGGUGGACCAAAGUCUUCCAUGACUUUGGCCUACCGAGAUCGAGUGAUCCGUCGAGCAGAGGCGACCUCAUCGUUGAAGUUGACAUUCAAGGGCCGGAGCAUUCCGGAGUGGCCUGA